AUGGGAGAGCACUUAGUUCCAGUGCUACUAAUAACAGCGAACGUCGGUUCAGUUUUUGAAAAUGUGAGUAACCUAAAUAACUCUUAUGUUUUUUUCUCCAAAGUUACGCAAAAUACGACACCGCGAUGUUGUUACGGGGAUUGAAUACGUACGUAUCUUGUUUAAAAUUUUACCGGUUUCAAGCAAGUGUAAUCUAUCGUUAAUAGAUCUCAUUGCACAAGUUGAUAUGUUGUCAUUUUCCUUCAAUCAAAUUGUUUUAUAGUAAUAAUAUAUAAACAUUAAAGCUAAAGGCUCAACUCUACGAAAGUCAAAAACGAGCGACGUGAGCUCGAUUGUUUUGCUUUUGCGUGUUGUUUACAAAAGGAGGCUACUUUUAUUUAUUCCCAUGUCGGCAAUUAUACUUUUUUAUACCUUGUAAUUUUCCAUUUUGUUACAGCGUGGUGGUUUGGAGGAGCGCUGGAUUCGCGAAACCUUGUCGGUAAGUUACGUUUUGUUCUGUGAGGUUACACGGCCCUGGCUUUUGAGUUCAUCUUUAGCCAAUUUUAAACUUUCUUCAUUGUAUGUGGGGUUUUGGUUAUCAGACAAUAACAAGAUUGAAGCCUAAGUUCGUGGCUUUGCACUUUCAAGAAAGUGGAGGUAAAGAAUCUGGCGAAGAAUCAUUGCAAAACGUGAAGGAGUUCGUGAGGUACAAGUCAAUUUUUUAAGGUUAUAUUUUUCGAUUAAUUUAAGUCAUUAUUGAACUCAAAUUUUCCAGGUCUGCUGUUAGAAAAUUUUCAUGUCUUUGUUUAGAAUUCGUUCGAUCGAACUCUGAAUCCAAAUGUUUUGCCUCAUUUUAAGAAUCUUCCUUGGUCAGUCUCAAGUGAAGGAGAAAUUUGACAGAGCUCGUGCGUGGUUUGAUCAAGAUUAUCACGUACAAGAACGUUACACGGUGUGUAGGUUAUAUUUAAUUAAAAGUCAAAUUGCUUUCCUUUGUUUCUCCUGCUCCCUGCAUAGUUUAAUCCCUUAUUAUUGUUAAAUAUCCAUUAUGGAAACUUUCUUAACAUAUUAAAGUUUGUAUCCCCUCCAAAGAAAAUGGAAAUGCUACCGCUGUCAGUGGAUUGAAAAUAUUGUGGCGAAUUUAAGCUUAUACAUGUAUAUUUAUUACAAAGUUGUAUUUUUGGGCUACAUUCUUAGCAAUAAGUUUUAUUAUUAUUAUUGUUCAUGAUUAUUUAGCGUCAUAAAUGUUGUUUAGUUGUUAAAAAUACUUCAAAAAACCAGUAUGCUGGUUUGUAAAUAGUCAAAUAGAUUAUUUCUUUAAGUUAUUCAAGAGUUUUAUGAUGUAAACGUAUUUACAUUGUCUGAAUUUAUUUUAACAACAAAUUAGUUCCUGUGUAAAAAGAAACCCUUAAUCCAUAGCAACCAAUGUUCUGCACGUUAUUUUCAACAGUCCCACAAAAUGUAACAUGCUCAAAAUAUUUAUUGUUAAUUCAUGCUUUUAUUACUGUUCACACAUUGUUGUAAUUUUUAGUCUGGAUGCAUUUUUCUUAAAAAAGCCUUUAAGUCCUAUAUUUUUAAGAAACAGUCUGUCACACAGGAAUUCAUGAUAGCGCAAAAUUUUUCUCGGCAACGUGGGCGAAAGGGAUUUAGUCUUUUACCAUUGAUCUGUGUAACUGUUGAUUCUAAAACUGAGAUUCCUGACCAGUGACUGCUUUAUACGUAUGCCUUCUUUAAGAGAAGUCAGAGACAGAGAUAUGUUGCUUUUUGCGCACAGUGAAAAUUUGAUCAAUGAUGAAGAAUUGUAGCUGUUGCAUGUAUUAUUCAAACAAGUCAAGCAACCUUGACCUUCUCUAUAUGGCGCUGUGAUCAAUUUGAUCUUGAUCUUUUAACUGCCGAUGAAUGCAAGUCAGAGUUUAGAUUCUACAAGAAAGAUGUUUACCUUCUUACUGAAGUGUUGCAGGUGCCGGAUCAAAUUAGAUGCUAUAACCGUGUUGUAGUUGAUGGAAUUGAAGCUCUCUGCAUUUUUCUCAAGGGAUUUACAUAUCCUUGUGGAUAUUUUGAUAUGCUGUCUAGAUUUGCAAGACCAGUUCUGCAACUUUGUAUGAAAUCCAAGCAAGUGAUGGAUUUUAUUUAUCAAACUCACCACCACCAUUUAAAGAAUUUUAACCGACCAUGUCUCUCUCAAGCCAGUCUUCAGAACUCUACAGAAGUAAUUCAUGUGACGGGAGCUCCACUUCGAAUCUGCUGAGGAUUUUUUGAUGGUACAAUAAUACAACGGGUUUUGUAUAACGGGCACAAAAGGGUCCACACAAUAAAAUUUCAGUCAAUUGCUGCUCCAAAUGGUUUGAUAGCUAACCUAUUUGGCCCAGUUGAAGGGACGGAAGUAGCAUGCUAGCAAAAUCGGGAUUACUUGCACAUUUGCAACGUCGCUCGUUUUCUUCUUACCCCUUUAAUCUACACCUUCAAGGACCAUCAAGGCUGUGCUCUAAGGAAAAUUGAAGGGUGCCCAGUGCUCUGAACCUGUACAAUCUAGGGUGCCCAGCAUAUGAUUUGAAUGAAAAAUCUGAGAUGUUCUAGUCACCCAGGAGCAAUAGUUGGGUACAAGGGGCCACUGGGAUUUGCUAGAGCACAGCCUUGACCAUUCAAAGGAGCAAGGAUCACCCCUUUACAGAAUGAAUAUAACACUGCAAUGAGUCAUGUUAGAAGCUCAGUGGAGUGGGUUUUGGGGGAUAUUGUAAACUACUCUGCCUUUAUGGAUUUCAAGAAGAUCUUAAAAAUUCACUUAAGUGCAGUGGGAAAAAUGUACCUGGUGUGUGCCUUACUGACCAAUGCACCCACAUGUCUUUAUUGGUCCGUAACAUCGUUGUAUUUUGGCUAGGACUGGCCACCACCAUUAGAAGUGUAUUAUUUUUCAGUGACAUGGAAUAUGUACUGGACCCUCCGUAACAUCAUCGUAUUUUGGCUACGACCGGUCACCACCGUAAGCAGUGUAUUAUUUUUCAGUGACAUAGAAUAUGUAAGUACUGAAAGCUUGAAGACCCUGAUCUGUUCAGGGAUUUGGAUUUUAGGGUUACCGGUUGUUUAAAUCCCCUCCAUCAGUAAUUUAUGCCAAGAAUUGCUGCUUCAAUGAUUCUUGCGCUACACAAUUCUAAUAGCGCACAACACAAUUCCCAUCGUGCUCACUCUUGAAAUACUUUUUCAACAGUGGAAGAGAAGUUUCGUAUCUCCACGUGGCCAUUCAAUAGAUAUGUAGAUUGUCAGCAAGACAGAAAAGUGAAGUCGUGAACAAAAUACACAUGCGAAUUAAUGAUAAAUAUUUCAGGUAUAUGUUUAUAUACUCAGGGAUCCAUAUUCCCAGUACAUUUUCCCUGUGUUCUGAUUACUUCUCAUCAUCUUAAAACUUUUAGAAUAAUGGAGAAUAACAAGCAGCUUUUGUCUGCUAAGAAAUCAUAAGUUUGGGCGUCAUCUGACAUGGUGCAGUAUUUUCUACGAAACGAUCACAGGCUCAGUUUUUUUUGUGAAUUACUCCAUUCAGGGGCCAUUCAUCAAAAACAAGACAGCAUUUAUUAAGAUGCAGCAUUUUUCAAAAAGGCGUUUCGUUGCCUUCGGCUAAAAUAAAGGUGAAGCAGAAGCUGGUGCCUGAUACGCAUUAAGAUGUGACGUUUUUUAUGAGACGUUUCACUGCCUUCAACGGAAAAAAGGUGAUGCAGGAGCCGCUGCCUUUUAUGCGGUAAAACAUAAGUGCACCAUCUUGACUUCACGUUCAUGGCAAAUGGACUGACCGUGGCAAACCUUAAAACGUAAAUAAACUGUGUUUAGCCUGUUGUACAUAAGAGUAUAGUUAAAACCCUUUCUUAGUUAUUAUAACGGAAAUAACAUGCUAAUCAGAACUGUUCAAGUUGCACACAAUUUCUUCAAUUUUUUCACAAUUCUGCACUUUUGUCCGGGCAACCCAAAUUGUAAUCAGGCAAGUAUGCCAUCAGGCUUACUUGCCCGGCUGAUGACUGUGAGAAAAAAUGAAAUCCCUGUAUACUGAAAUAAGUUUGCUCGGUUGUAAAACAGAAUAUUUAGUUACAUUUGCUGUGAAAUUAUGAGCUUUUAUAGAUGCAUCUGAGAGUUAUGACAAGAUGUAAUGACAUUAAUUUUAGGUUCACCUUUUCUUUUGUGUUGGCCCUUGUUCUGCUGUAACUUCUGCUGCUCCUGCACCAUUCAUCUAUGGAUUUAUUUCAUACACACAUUAUUAUAAGAUGUACAAAAUUGAUAAGGUUUAUUUUCAAUAAAAUGUAUAGCUUAUGAUCUUUGAACAGCCAGAAUUCAUGUCCGUGUAGCCUCAUAUUAAAGAACCACCUGCUGACAGCUCACAGAUAUUUGUUAACUCUUUCAAAAGUUUCAUUCUUAAAUCAAUGGAAACUAGUGGAAACAAAACCACGUCUGUUUUCUGGGUGUAAAAUAAAUUAACUUACGUUGAUCACCUCGUGUUCAUUUCAAAAUGCACAUUUCCAUUUGUCAAGCAAAAAUCGGUCAACUUGAAGUUGAAAGUCCGCGUUUAACACAUCAGGUUGGAAACUAUGAUGAACAACCUGAAAUUUAGUGUCCACGGAGCAGUAAAUGUAGCGAAGAAAAAUAUUUUCUAAGCAAUAAACUUACCUUUCACAACUCACUUUGACAAGUCAACUUCAAAACAGGCGGAAAAACGCUUAACUGAAGUCGUGGACUGGAGCACGACGGCUUCUACACAUGAAUACCUUCAUGAUUGUUCAUGCUGGUGAUGUAAUUUCAAAGCAAAUAUGCCGUCAUCUUUGAAGCUUCCCUUUGUCACUGCUUAAAGUCCCUAUUGUUUCUCCAGCCAGGUUCAGGUUACUGUUCAGCAUCUUGUGCCUAUUCAGCAUCUUUAGGUUAUUCCUGGCCUCCAAUUUUAAAACACACAUUUUCUUAACUUUUUAACAGCCAUAAAAUACAUCUGUUAGCCCUUUUUCUCCUUUUUACAGACCAACAAGGCUGUGCUCUAAUGAAAAUUGAAGGGA